AUGUCUACCUCUAAAGAUGGCUAUCUCCUAUCCCGCAACUUCAACGCCUCAUCCAGGUUGACCGCCCAACACCUCCUCAUUUGUCGAAGGACGGCAUCCUUACUUGACUCUCGUAUUGCAGUUGGCGAGACAGGAGACCCGGGGCGUCCGUUGGUAAUUGCGGACAUUGGAUGUGGAAACGGUAUAUGGACCAUCGAAUUGUCACAAUCCAGCAACUGUCAGGUUGUGGGGCUGGACAGCUCGUCAGAACUAUUUCCACCCGAUGACAUAUGGCCCCGCAACUGUACUUUCGACACCUUCAACGUCCUCGCUCCAGUGGAGAGAAAGUACAUUGGGGUAUUUGAUAUCAUCAACAUUCGAUUGUUAGCGGGUGGCCUGGGCCGUAGGGACUAUGAUCGAGUCCUCGCCAAUUUGAAGCUCAUGCUACGCGAGGGUGGAUGGCUGCAGUGGCUUGACAUUACGCCGCCAUACAUCCUCACCUAUGCAAGAGAGGCUAGUCAAACCUUACCUGUUUCGAUUGGCUGCGAAAUGCCACGAGUCGUCCAGUCAUUGGGAUGGCUAGGUCACUUACCGGACUUGCUGAAAGAGACGGGCUUUACACGGGUGGAAAGCAGCAGAACUCAACCACAGGGCGCCCUUCUCAAGCAUGAGACCAACAAUGUUCUACUAGCAUUGUCAGAGAUACGCGAUCAUCUUCGUCACUGCCCCGAUCGCGUGGGCGGAUUUGAACGAGCUUUUGACGAGGUCUGCAACUUUGUCGUCGAAGGAGGAUUGGUGGCCCUCAUUACUCGCCAGCUACGUGGCACCACGAUCUAUGCAUUCUGGACUGGCACCUCCUACCUCAUGACUUCCGCGAUUGCGCAGCCCUUCAUCUCGACGAUAUCCGAGCGAUUAGGCAUCCAUAUGAGAAUGAUCUGGUUUUCUGUCAGUGCGUUUGCUGCAGGCUCAAUCAUCUGUGCCCUGAGCCGGGACUUCAUUCCUCUGCUUGCUGGGCGAUCUUUACAAGGUUUGGGCGGUGGAGGCAUCAUUACGCUGGUCCAAAUCAUAUUUGCUCGACUCGUUCCUUUGAGAGAGCGACCUAAGUGGUUUUCUAUUGUUCUGACCACCUGGGCCGUCGGAAGUGUUGUUGGGCCAUUCCUCGGUAGUGUCUUGACAACGACCUCCACCUUUCACUGGAUAUUCUGGAUAAAUCUGCCUAUCUGUGGACUAGCGCUGGUCGUCAUACCGUUCACAAUUCCUUCUUUUCGACCAACGGCGCAAUGCUCCUGGUCAAAGGUAGACUGGGCAGGCGGAGCGAUAUUUUUCACAAGUUUAACCAGCGUUCUCCUUGGACUAUCUUGGGGAGGGGUGACUUUUCCAUGGACCAGUAAAUGGACUAUAUCCAGCAUCACACUUGGGUUUUGCGGAACGCUUCUAUUCGGUAUCUGGGAACAUAACUUCCCAAAGUUCCCUAUCUUCCAAUCCUCCUUGUUCAAUACAGCUUCAAGGAUUGCGCUAUACUUCUGUUCCUUCUUACAGGGUCUUAUUGUAAGUGCAAAUGCCUUACGAAAACGCCGGGAGACUGAAACAUAUACUAGCUAUUCUGCCUCUUAUACUACGUCCCGCUCUACUUUGCCUCUGCCCAGCAACGAACUCCGAUGGUGUCGAGUGCCUGUGUUCUGCCCCUUUCAUGUUCAUUACUACCGGGAGCCGCCAUCACAUCGCAAGUCAUCAGCCGCACAGGCGGCUAUAAAUGGAUCCUCGUCGUAG